GUUACUAAAGAAGAUGCAGUUUUCUUUGUAAGCAAAAGUGGGAGAUUGCUACAAUUCACAGUUGCACUGAGAAAGUUCAAAUGGAAAGAUUGUCGAUAUCCAGGCAACGCGAAGAUUGCAAGCAUUGCUGAUCAAGAGCUGCUCCGAGAGAACGUGGUGUUUGUCAUUGGAAGGAACGGACGCUUAUACCAGUAUAACAAAGUCACCGGAUUAUGGCACGAGCAUUACCAGUCUCAACAUUUGGUUCUAUCGAGAUCUCCUGGAACUGCAAUGAGGUUAUCUUCACUGUCACUACAGGGUUCUCUUUUCAUGCUAUCGGAAGAUGGUGGACUAGUCGAGUAUCAAUGGAAUCCAUUGUCCAACGGAUGGAAUUGGAUAGAACACGGAACGCCUGAUCCAAGUGUUAUCCUUGUUGGUUCACCAGGACCAUGUUUCAAAGGUGCUCAUUUGUUCUUAAUAGGUUCAGAUGGGAAAGUUUAUCUUAGGUUCUUGGACAAUGGGACAUGGAAAUGGAGAGGCUGUGGCUUUCCAUAUAUGAAAAAUAAAGUCGAGGAAAAUGAAGAACAUGUUUCUGACCCUCAUGAUUGUAAAGAAACUUGUACUUACGACGAUCUUGCAGCUCGCUUAGAGAAAACUGAAGAAAAAUUGCAAGCUUUAAACAAAAACUGCGACUCCAAGGUGGCAUCGACAAGACCAAUUGCUCAUACUGAAAAUUCAGUCAUAUUUGAGCUCAGAGAUGGCAGAUUGGCAGAAAUGCGACGGAAUGGAGAUACAGAUUGGAAAUGGUCACGUACCAUUGGCACUCCUACUAGCCUUUGCAUAUCAAAUAUCUGGGCAACUUUAGCAUCAUAACAUGAAAACACACUGUCAACAAUAGCUGCAGGACAGGGAAAUGAUCAAGAAAAGCAACAACUAUACAUGUAAAUAUAUACAAGAAAAACCAACAGAAAUUAGAAAAUAAACAAACUUGUACAGUUUAUAAACAUAUCUCUUUCUACAGAAACUGUAUUAAAGUCCUAAAAUGCAUCUAACUCUACAGCUUAUGCAUUUUUUUAGAAACCUAUGUUAUAUAGCUCGUUUACAAGUAUGUUUCUGAUACGGGUGCAUGUUCACUUUUACCCGCGCCAGAAACUAUUUACAUUUGAUAGCCGAAAAAGUGUAUAAAUUUUUUGUAUAUAAUAUACAAAAUAUAUAUAUACGG